GUUUCCGGUGCGCCGGGCCAGCUCCGAACCUGUGCGCGGCCAGCACUCGCUCAAUGCUGCUUGCCGCGGCGACUGCACCGAGGCCGGCCUUCCGAAACCCCGCGCCGAGAGGCCGGCAGACCCGGCAGGCGGAGCGGGGCUUUGCGGCGGCACGGACGGAGGCGGCAAAAGGAGCGCUUCUUGCGCUUUGUGGGGCCUUCGCUUCACGGUGCCGGCAAGGCUGGCAGAAGCCGCGGAUCACGAGGAUCCGGCGUUUCAACGUCAACGCCACUGGCCUGCCCAGGAAGAUCCUCCUGCGCCCGCAGACGCGGAUCGCCCACGCGGAACGCCCGCUGGAGGUGGAGGGCCUGCAGCUUUGCUCGGGCAUGUCGGAGCUCGUGGACUGCUACGACGCCUUCACUUUGGAUCAAUACGGCGUGCUCAGCGACGGUCGCGAGGCGUUCGACGGUGCUGCGCACUGCAUCGCCCAAAUGAAGGCUGCAGGCAAGCCCUGCGUGAUCCUCUCCAACUAUGCUGGCCGCGCAGAGCGGCAAAUGGAGCGACUGCCGAGCAUGGGAUUGGAGCCCCAUGGCUUGGCGGUGGUCACUGCCGGUGAGCUGGCGCACAACUACCUGGCCAAGCAAGGAGCCAACGGCAAGCUGGGCUCGCGGGUGCUCUGGAUCGCAUGGUCCGAGCGAGAGCAGCGCGGCCUCGGGGAUUUCUUCGAGGACCUGCCAGGCUUCUCGCUGGCGUCUAGCGUGGACUCGGCGGACUUCAUCCUUGUGUCUGGCGUGGAGAGCCGCUUUGCGGGCACAGAGGCCGAAGAGGCCUGCGCCUACGAGGAGACCGGCGAGCAGCGGGUCUACCGGCCCCUCUUCCGCGCAGCCAUCCAGCGCAUGCUGCCGAUGGUUUGUGCCAACCCGGACUGCAGGGUGCUGCGCUCGGACGGCAGGCAGUCCUUCAUGGGGGGAGCCCUUGCGGAGUACUACGAGCGCCUCGGAGGGCAGGUGAUGUACUUCGGCAAGCCCCACAGCUCGGCCUUCGAGGAGGCCCGGCGCCUGCUGUGCCGCGCGGCGGCGCAGGACGAGGAGGAGGCGCUGGAGCUGGAGCUGGACGAGGGCUUCCGGAUCUGCCACGUGGGGGACUCGCUGCAAUACGACGUGCAGGGCGCCAUGUCGGUGGGUUUCGACGCGGCCUUCGUGGCGCAAACAGGCAUCCACAGCAGCGAUCUGCAGGGUGAAUGGGCGGACAUGAGCAAGGAUCGUAUCCGCGACCUGUGCAUCAGCCACAAGGUGCCGGUGCCGCAGGCGGCGCUGCCGCGCUUCGCUUGGUAACGCGG